CCUGAGUGGGUGGAGUGGGUUAGAGGGCAGCGGAGCGGCGGCGGGCAGGGAGCGCAGACAACGCGGCUGCGCCUCACCCACUGCUCCGAAAGGUGGGAGACCCUAGCGCCCCUGCGCCCGGCCUCCGCCCCCUCGCGGUCUCCGCCUCCUUCCCUCGCACACCCCCCCGGGCCGCCUGGGCCGCAGGCCUUCCCGGCGCUCCUCCUCUCUUUCCCCCACACUCGCUGGAGCCUGGGUUCUCCUGCUGCCCGCCGGCCUUGUUACCUCUAGGGCGAGUCCUCCUCGGGUUCUCCUUUCACACACGCGCGACCUCGCUCGUUGGGCCGCUCCCUCCUCUCCAGCCCUCCUCGUCCUAGUCCUUGCUAAAGCCGCCGUCGGGGGAGGAUUGAUGUCCCUUCAGCAUCAUGCAGCCGCCGCCGAGGAAGGUGAAAGUUACACAAGAACUGAAGAACAUUCAAGUUGAGCAGAUGACAAAACUUCAAACCAAACAUCAAGCAGAAUGUGAUUUGCUUGAAGAUAUGAGGACAUUCAGUCAGAAGAGGGCUGCUAUUGAAAGAGAGUAUGCACAGGGUAUCCAGAAGUUGGCUAGCCAGUACCUGAAGAGAGAUUGGCCUGGAAUAAAACCUGAUGAUCGGAAUGAUUACAGGAGUAUGUAUCCUGUUUGGAAAUCUUUUCUCGAGGGAACAAUGCAGGUGGCCCAGUCUCGGAUCAAUAUAUGUGAAAACUAUAAAAACUUCAUUUCUGAGCCUGCAAGGGCAGUGAGAAGCUUAAAAGAACAACAACUAAAAAGGUGUGUGGACCAGUUAACAAAGAUCCAAACUGAAUUACAAGAGACAGUGAAAGAUUUAGCUAAAGGCAAAAAGAAGUACUUUGAGACUGAACAGAUGGCUCAUGCAGUACGAGAGAAAGCUGACAUCGAGUCAAAGUCUAAACUUAGUCUUUUUCAAUCAAGAAUCAGUUUACAGAAGGCAAGUGUAAAGUUAAAAGCCCGGCGAUCUGAGUGUAAUUCAAAAGCUACUCAUGCAAGGAAUGAUUAUCUUCUUACUCUAGCAGCAGCAAAUGCACAUCAGGAUCGCUACUAUCAAACAGAUUUAGUUAAUGUUAUGAAGGCUCUUGAUGGAAAUGUAUAUGAUCACCUCAAGGAUUAUUUAAUAGCCUUCAGCCGGACUGAGCUAGAAACAUGCCAAGCUGUACAGAACACAUUCCAGUUUUUAUUAGAAAACUCCAGCAAGGUGGUACGGGACUAUAAUCUUCAGCUGUUUUUACAAGAGAAUACCGUGUUUCACAAACCUCAGCCCUUCCAGUUCCAGCCCUGUGACAGUGACACUAGUCGACAAUUAGAAUCAGAAACUGGUACCACAGAAGAGCACAGUCUAAAUAAAGAGGCUCGGAAAUGGGCCACACGUGUGGCACGUGAGCACAAAAAUAUUGUUCAUCAACAACGGGUUCUAAAUGAUCUGGAGUGUCAUGGAGUUGCUGUACCUGAACAAAGCCGAGCAGAGCUGGAACAGAAAAUAGAGGAAGCUAGAGAAAAUAUUCGUAAAGCAGAGAUAAUUAAGUUGAAAGCGGAAGCUCGGCUGGACCUGCUAAAGCAGAUUGGUGUUUCUGUGGACACAUGGUUAAAGAGUGCCAUGAACCAAGUAAUGGAAGAACUGGAAAAUGAGCGGUGGGCCCGCCCUCCCACAGCGACCAGCAAUGGCACUCUGCACUCGCUUAAUGCAGAUACCGAGAGAGAAGAAGGAGAAGAGUUUGAAGACAACAUGGAUGUUUUUGAUGACAGCAGUUCCAGCCCUUCUGGCACCUUAAGAAAUUAUCCACUCACCUGCAAAGUUGUUUAUUCCUACAAGGCUUCUCAACCAGAUGAGUUGACCAUUGAGGAACAUGAGGUGUUAGAAGUGAUUGAAGAUGGAGAUAUGGAAGACUGGGUAAAGGUAUAUUCCUUUGCUCAUAUCACCCCUUCUUGUGACAUUUUAGGAGUUUCUUUUGGUUCUUGUUAUUCCCUGUUCAAAUUGUGUAUGCAAACCUUUUUGUCACAUGUCUUUCACCAGGCUCGAAAUAAAGUUGGCCAAGUGGGUUAUGUGCCAGAAAAGUACCUACAGUUUCCCACUUCGAACAGCUUACUAAGCAUGCUGCAGUCCUUGGCUGCUUUGGACAGUCGGUCACAUACAUCCAGCAAUUCUACAGAAGCAGAACUCGUUUCAGGCAGCCUCAACGGAGAUGCCAGUGUCUGUUUUGUGAAAGCACUUUAUGAUUAUGAAGGCCAGACAGAUGAUGAAUUAUCUUUUCCUGAGGGAGCAAUCAUCCGUAUCUUGAACAAAGAAAACCAAGAUGAUGAUGGCUUCUGGGAAGGAGAGUUCAAUGGGCGGAUUGGAGUUUUCCCAUCGGUGCUAGUGGAAGAACUUUCAGCCUCAGAAAAUGGUGACACUCCAUGGAUGAAAGAGAUUCAGAUCUCUCCUUCCCCAAAGCCGCACGUCUCCCUGCCUCCACUGCCGUUGUAUGACCAGCCUCCCAGCAGCCCUUACCCUAGCCCAGAUAAGAGGAGCUCCCAGUUCUUCCCCCGAUCUCCUUCAGCACAAGAAAACAACCUUCAUGCUGAAUCCCCAGGAUUCUCACAGGCAUCCAGGCAGACCCCUGAGACCUCAUAUGGCAAACUGCGACCUGUCCGGGCAGCUCCCCCUCCACCUACACAGAACCACCGGAGGCCAACGGAGAAGAUGGAAGAUGUGGAGAUCACACUGGUGUGACAAUGGGCUUGCCCUCCAUUAUGGCUACAAUCAAGGCCAGUCUUGGAGUUUGGCCAGUCUUGUUUUUUAGGCACCUUUGCAUGAUGACUUUUGAACAGAGCAUAACCAAGGAGGAUUCUAUGUGACUGGGUGGCCUGGCGGACUUUUCCCACGUUUUGAAUAUUUUGUGCCUUUUUUUGUUGUUAUUUUCUAUGUCAUCUCUCAUACCAUAGCACAAAUCCUAGUGGGCCCCAGCACAGAGGGGACAUCCCUUAUGCCUAACAGUGGUCCAUUUUUAUGUGAUACUCAAAGCCAGGCCACGUCCCAGGGCACAGUCACAGAAUUACUGAUCAUGUGCCCUCGUACAGUAUAUUACUGUGGCCACAAGGGUGUGGCAAAGAUCUCAUCUUUCUCCAAGUGACUUUUGCUCAUCUGAUUAAGUAUUAAUCAGAUCAUGCUGGCUCCAAAAGGAAACAGAAAGAGGGAUCAGGAGAGGCUGGCUCCUCCCCGAAGUUCAUCCCCAGACUGAAAGUGAACCCUUACUGAGAAAAAAACGGACUGCCCUGAAUUUAGCACCAUUGACAUUAAUACACAUCUCUUCCACAACUAACAGGUUUAAAAUAACAGUGUCGUUUGUCUGAAUAUUUAUGCCAUUCAUUUAGUAUUAGUGGGGCUAACCUGGAGGGGCUGAACUAAUAGCCACAUCUUGCCCAUCACAUAGACUAAUAAAAAGGAGGCUAUGGCUAACACAGAACUGGAGCUUCCAGAUCUGAAGUGAGCCAGUUUAAUGUUCUUUUUGUCUUUGGGUAGUUCUCAGUUUUUACAGCAUAUACUUUUCUGGCCAAUACCCUUAGAACAUGAAUGUCUGGAUAAAUUGAGGACACAUGUCUGCAUCAUUGAGCUUCCCUACUGGGGAGGCCUCUAGAAUUAUUUCAUUCCCAAGCCAGCACACUGGCCCAAAUAGCCAGGUUGUGGCUAGUGCAGACCAGCUGUCACUCAUGGGAAAUGCAGCUUUCAGGUCCCCCUGCCCUGACAUUUCCUUUGGAGGAAGAUCCUGUGAGCCCAUGGUGGAAACCGGCUGCCUAUGAGAAAGGACUAAAGGAUGCACAGCUUGCACAAAUGCAGGCUGACAAGCAAAGAGCUGUGUGUGUCCCAGAUUGGUAGGGGCUUCUCCACACCACAGUAGCAGGGCCCAGAGUGGAGCUCUGGCUGUCCACCCCAUGGAAGGUAGGGAAUGUGUUACCUAGGAACCAAGGGAUUUUCCCCAGCUGCUUUAAAAAUUUUUGUCAUGAAAUCAGAUUUUCAGGGGCCAGGAAUGUAGCUCAGUGGUGCAGCGCCUGCCUGGUACCAAAAACAAAAUCAGAAUCCAAAAAGUUGCAUUAUGCUUUCAGAAUUCCACACCCUUCAUAAGAAUCUUUAAAAACUUGAAAUAUUCGCCAAAUGUCCCUGUGGGAUUUUUGACCAAGAGCGGAAGAAAUUUUCAGUUAGUCAUUUGAUCACUUAAGUAACAGUAGUCCUUGCUGAAUCUUCUCAAUGAUUUUUGUUUUGUGGUUUUUGGCAUUUCUUAACUUGUUGAUCUAUAUGAGGUCUUUUUACGUUUAUCAAACUUAUUCUUAAGUUUAAAAAACAAAAGGAUGUUUUUAAAAAGAUUUUAGAAGUUUCUGACAUCUUACAAAUCUCUCAAGUGCUUAUUAAAUAGAGCAGUUCUUGCCACCCCAUCAUGUAUUGUCUUUAGCUAGCCAAAUUGUCCUUGAAUUUGAGUUUUCCACAACCUCAGAAUUAUUUCAAAUCUUUUGUUAUAUUUUAAAAUAUAUUUUGGAAGAGCUGCUAAUUUUAUUUUAAAAAAACAGUUGUGAAAAUAUGCCUCCUCUUUUAAAAAAAAUAACCCCUCCUCCAGAACAUAUAUCCCAGUGUCACACGCACAGGGCAGGGCUCAGAGGGAGCCUCUGUGCACAUGCGCUUUCUUUACAGUGGCUGUAAAAAGUUUGUAUUUAUUAUGUAUAAAAUGUUGAAUAAUAAAAAAAAUGGAAUUAA